UUUUCGUCCAAACAACCCUCAUCGCCCUUCUUUUCCAGAGGGGCCUCAUCAUCAACAUCACCAUCAACACCAUUCAUCUUUUCUUAUUUAGGUACCCAUCCCUACCUAGCUAGGUAUGAUCACAACAGAAAGAAAGACAGCAAUAUGGCCCCCCACGUAACCCCCACCACCAAACUGCAAAUCAUCGGCGCCUUCAAACUCCUCCGUUUUCUGCGCAGUCGCCACCAGUUUCCCCCCGGCACCAUCUCCAACAACGACAUCUUCCGCCUCUUCUCCGUCUCCCGCACCACGGGCUACCGCGUCCUCUCGGAGAUUACCGUCUCGCAGGACCUGACGGCUUCCGAACGCGCCGCUUUAGACGCCGAGACGGCCGCCGCCCUCGAAGAAGAGGAAAAUGCCCGCAUCGCAGAGAUCAUCAACAACCCGCGCGAGGAGACGCGGGGACGGAAGCGGAAACUGACGGAGCGGGAUGUGGAGGUGAUUGAGCAUUGGUUGGAUCGCAAUGGGGGAAGGGGAGAGGUGAAAUGGAAGGAUGUCCCCGUGGCGGCGGGGUUGGGGGUCAUUUUGGGGAAGGAUGGAAAGGGGGUGGUGAGUGGGGUUACGGUUAAGAGGGCGUUGUCGGCAUGGAGGGAGAGGAAUAGGGAGGUGGAUGUGGAGGAUUGGACGAGGGCGAGGGGGGCGGGGGGGCUGAGAGGGAGUGAGAAGGCGAGGGAACGGUGGGGACGGCCGAGGGGGGGAGAGCAACAGGAGGGAAAUAGUGGUGGUGGAAAUGGGGAGGCAGAGGGGUUGGGGACGGGGACUAGGGGUGAGAAUGGGAAUGGGAAUGGACAGGGUGCGGGAGAGAGGGAAGGGACGUCGGGUAGUGAAAGUGAGAGUGAGGAUGAGAGUGUGGUUGAGACGGGGGCUGGGCCUUUGGAAGCUGGGACGGCAAUGGCUAGUGGAAGUGGAAGUGGAAGUGGAAGUGGGAAUGCUGCGAUGGCGCCGCCAGUGACGACAACAGGAAACGGGGGUGAGAUCAUCACGAAUGCGACAGGCGAAAGCCAGGCACAGCAGCAGCAGCAGCAGCAACAGCAGCAACAGCAGCAGCAGCAAAACACCAAAAAGAGGCGAACGCAAACCGAACCACAAGGUCCCGAUCCCAAGUCUCUAUGGAAAAACCGAUGGGAAAUUGAAAGGGCCGCAAAGGAGGCUGAAGCGCGACGUCAGGCAGAGGCUAUGGCUGAGGCUAGAGCCCGGGCUAAGGCUCAAGCUGCCAAGGAACGAUAUCGUCUGACGCGUCAGAGGAAACGCCAGCAGCAGAAACUUGAGAGACAGCAGCAACAGCAAAGUCAAGCUCAAGUUCAAGCUCAGAACUUGCCCCCUCCUCCUCCUACUGCUCCCGUACAACAACAAUACCCACAACACCCACAACAACAGCAGCAACAACAACAGCAGCAACAACAACAACAACAACAACAGCAACAACAGAGACCAUACACAUCAAUGAGCUUCAUCCCUUUACCAACCUACGGGCAGCAGCAGCAGCAACAAAACGGAGUCGCAAGUGCAAGUGCAAGUGGCAGUGGCAGUGGCAGUGGUAAUGGUAACGGAAGCGUAAGCGGAAGUGGAAGUGGACCUCCAACCAGUACUAGUAGUGCAAACCAAAGCUUCAACAACAAUGGGGCUACUACUACUGCUGCUGUUGCUGGAAGUUGGAAUGGAAACGCCAGUAGUGCUGUCGACGGACAACAGAGAACAACAGUAACUACUGGUGGUGGUGGUGGAGGAGAGGCGGAGGAUAUCAUGAUGCUGGGGAGACUUUCGGGGGUUUUGAGGUAGGAUUGGGACCUAGGUACCAUGAUGAUGAUGAGGCUGAGGUUUUGGGGGUUGUGGGAGAUGGGAGAUGGGAGGGUUGGAUUAGGCUCGAGGGUAGAGUUGGGUUCAGGGACAGAGUUAGGUUUAGGGACAGGCCGGCAGCCAUAGAGUGAGAAGGGACUGGAGGAGGCAAUGGUAGUAAUUUGGGUUUGAAGGAGUGUGGAUUGCUGGAUGCGAUCCUGGUGGUCACUUCACGUAUCUUUUUUUUCUCUUCUUUCUUAUCUAUGGUUGGGGGAGAGACACGAAGGAAACGAAAAGGGGGCACACGACCAGUUAUUCUAUGGCUUUUUUUGCAUCUAUGAUGGGUAUAUACACGGAACUGCUUGAAAUGGUUGGAGGGAGGGAGAGAAGUGUAUUGGGAGCGAUGAGGGGAUGUGUGAUAUGAUUCCAGGGGAAAGGUACUUACGAAGCUGAGGACAGAUCCUGUGGAGCGAUUCUCGAUUUUUGAUGGAAUUGGGGGAAUAUAUGAGUAAUUACAACAACAUAACUUGAACACUGGACCCAUGGAGACGAGGAUGGAUGGC